AUGCGGUGUGGAGUUGCGUUCGGGUUCAGAGUCAGACAUGGAGCGGGCGCGAGCGGCGGUCAACCACAGAUCCGAAAGGCAGCCUACGAGGUCACGAAGAAGAAGGAAGUAGGAGUGUCGGAUCUUACACUGAUCAGCAAGAUCUCGAACGAGGCCAUCAACGACAAUCUGAAAAAGCGAUUUGAGAAUGGCGAGAUCUACACAUAUAUCGGGCACGUGUUGGUGUCUGUCAACCCCUUCCGUGACCUUGGAAUCUACACCGACCAGGUCCUGCAUAGCUACCAGGGCAAGAAUCGACUAGAGAUGCCACCGCACGUCUUCGCGAUCGCCGAGAGCUCAUACUACAACAUGAAAGCGUAUAAUGAGAACCAGUGUGUGAUCAUUUCUGGCGAGUCCGGAGCAGGCAAGACCGAGGCCGCGAAACGAAUAAUGCAGUACAUUGCGAAUGUGUCUGGAGGCCGGGACAGCUCGAUCCAGCAGAUCAAGGACAUGGUGCUGGCAACCAACCCGCUGCUCGAGUCCUUCGGAAAUGCCAAGACUUUGCGAAACAACAACUCGUCGCGAUUUGGAAAAUACCUCGAAAUCCAGUUUAAUGCCCAGGGUGAGCCGGUCGGUGCGAAUAUAAACAACUAUCUCCUAGAGAAAAGUCGGGUGGUCGGUCAGAUUCGAGACGAGCGAAAUUUCCACAUCUUCUACCAGUUCACGAAAUCAGCGAGCCAGGACCACAGGUCGAAUUUCGGAGUACAGCAGCCAUCGACGUACUCAUAUACCAGCAAGAGCAAGUGCUACGAUGUGCAGGGCAUCGACGAUGUGGCAGACUUCAAGGACACAAUCAACGCUAUGAACGUCAUUGGUAUGACCAAGGCGGAGCAGGACAACCUCUUCCGAAUGCUGGCCGCGAUUCUCUGGAUUGGUAAUAUCUCUUUCAGAGAAGAUAAGGACGGCAAUGCGGAAGUGGUCGAUCAGAGCGUGAUCGAUUUCGUGGCAUAUCUGCUCGAGGUCGAUAAUGCUCAUGUGAACAGAGCUAUGACGAUUCGCAUUAUCGAGACGCAGCGCGGCAUGCGAAGAGGCUCUGUAUACGACUCGCCCAUGAACAUUGCGCAAGCCACCUCUGUUCGAGACGCUCUGAGCAAGGCCAUCUACAACAACAUGUUCGAUUGGAUAGUGCAGCGCGUGAACCAGUCUUUGAGAGCAAGAGGUGCGAUUGCGCAGAGUAUUGGUAUUCUUGACAUCUACGGCUUUGAGAUCUUCGAGAAGAACUCGUUCGAGCAGUUGUGUAUCAACUAUGUCAAUGAGAAGCUGCAGCAGAUCUUCAUCCAGUUGACGCUGAAGGCUGAGCAGGAUGAGUAUGCUGCGGAGCAGAUCCAGUGGACACCCAUCAAAUAUUUCGACAACAAGGUUGUGUGUGAGUUGAUCGAGGAGAAGCGACCCCCAGGUGUUUUCGCUGCUCUUAACGACGCUUGCGCCACGGCUCACGCCGAUCCAACAGCUGCCGAUCAGACUUUCGUGCAGCGAUUGAACGCUCUCUCCGGAAACCCGAACUUUGCACCACGACAAGGCCAAUUCGUCAUUAAGCACUAUGCUGGUGAUGUGAAUUAUGCUGUGGAUGGCAUGACAGACAAGAAUAAGGACCAGCUGCUGAAGGAUCUGUUAAACUUGGUUGGGCAGAGCUCAAACGACUUCUUGCAUACCCUAUUCCCGAAUCAGGUCGACCAGGACAACAAGCGACGACCACCUACCGCCGGCGACAAGAUCAAAGCUUCCGCAAACGACCUCGUGGCCACCUUGAUGCAGUGCAAGCCAAGCUACAUUCGAACAAUCAAGCCAAACGAGAACAAGAGCCCUACCGAAUACAAUUCGCCCAACGUGCUGCAUCAAAUCAAGUAUCUCGGUCUGCAAGAGAACGUGCGCAUUCGAAGAGCUGGUUUCGCUUACAGGCAGACAUUUGACAAGUUCAUCGAACGAUUUUACCUUCUAUCGCCGAAGUGCAGUUAUGCUGGUGAAUACACAUGGACAGGCGAUGCAAAGUCCGGUGUGCGGCAGAUCCUGAAGGACACUUCAAUUCCAGCGGAAGAAUGGCAGAUGGGUGUUUCGAAGGCGUUCAUCAAAACUCCGGAAACUUUGUUCGCCCUUGAAACCAUGCGAGACCGAUACUGGCACAACAUGGCGAUUCGAAUCCAAAGGGCUUGGCGAAACUAUCUCCGAUACCGAGCCGAGAGUGCCACAAGAAUUCAGCGCUUCUGGAGGCGAAAGACGGGUGGUCUUGAAUUCUUGCAGCUUCGUGACGAAGGUCACAGAGUGCUUCAGGGACGCAAAGAGCGAAGACGGUUCUCUCUCGUGGGCUACCGACGCUUUUUGGGGGACUAUCUUGGUAUUGACAAUAAGGGAGGUACCGGUGAACUUCUUCGGAGCAAUGCUGGCAUUGGCUCUGGCGAAAGGACAUUCUUCUCUUGCCGAGCAGAACUACUCGUAUCGAAGCUCGGCCGAUCCAGUAAACCCGAGCCUCGUUUCCUGGUCUUGACCAACCGCGCAGUCUACAUUAUCAAGCAGGCUCUUGUCAACAAACAGCUACAGAUUAUGGCAGAACGGACCAUACCGAUUGGCGCCAUCAAGUAUAUCAGCACGUCGACUUUGAAGGAUGACUGGUUUUCGCUUGGUGUGGGCAGUCCACAAGAGCCAGAUCCGCUGCUCAAUUGCGUCUUCAAGACCGAAUUCUUCACCCAGCUAAAGCAUGCUGCUCGUGGCACAGCCCAACUGCAGAUCGGCGAGACGAUUCAAUACAACAAGAAGCCCGGGAAGCCCGCGACUAUCAAGGCUGUGAAAGACCCACAAGUGCCAAGAGAUGACAUGUACAAGAGCGGCUCAAUCCAUACUGGUCCUGGCGAGCCACCAAAUUCCGUCAGUCGUCCAACACCAAAGCCCAAGCCUGUGCCUGCGAAAGCAAUAACGAGCGGGAAGCUGCUCAAGAAGAGCACUGGCGCUACUGCUCGACCGGCGGAACGAAUAGUGCCUCAACCUAUCCCGCAAGCGCGACAGCCUGCAGCAGUACCACAACCCGUUGCCGCUCUGUCUAAUGGCGUCAGCCACGCCAGGACUGCAUCAGCUGGUAGAGCAGUACCUCCUCCCCCACCACCACCUCCUCCUGCUGCCGCGCCACCCAAGGAUCCCCAGUUCAAGGCCCUCUACGACUUCGUAGGUCAGACUGGAGGCGAAUUGAGCUUGGCAAAGAACCAAGUCAUCUACAUCACUCGAAAAGAGAACAAUGGUUGGUGGUUAGGAAAGCAGCUCGAUGGCUCGGCAUCAGGAUGGGUGCCAGCAGCAUAUCUUGAAGAAAUCAAGCAAGCGCCUCCUCCAGCUCCGCCACCUGUAGCAUCUCGACCUCCGCCUCCGCCGGCUCCAGCAGCCAACGGCGGGUUGAAUGGAGGCAAGAAGGUCCCGCCAGCACCUCCGUCGAAGCGUCCUGCAGGACGAAAGCCUGCUCCAGCUCCUGGUACGCCACGAGAUAGCGGCUAUUCAAAUGGCGGUGCCUCCAGUGGGAAUUCAGGAACUGCCACACCGACUGGUGGAGGUGGCAACCUAGCCGGUGGUUUGGCAGCAGCACUGAAGGCUCGACAACAGGCUAUGAACAAGAACGAUGACGACGACGCUUGGUAGAUGUCUGAAUCUGCUGCACUGGGCGUCAGUAGGCUUUAGUGAACUGGUAGCGCGGCGUUGAGUAUCCCGGGCGUUUAUAAUGUUUCUGAGCGGAACGUGGAUAGGUAUCAUAGUAACGGAGAAUCAAAGAGAUUCGAGAUGCA